UCAGAAAGAUUAAGAUCUGAUGAAUAGCUGAAAUCAGAAAUACAAGAUGUGAAAAAUAAUUAUAAAAGUGAAAGAGCAGAAUAUGGCUUGAAGAAACUGAAGGACAAGAAAUGAAAGAAAAAAGGAUAAAAGAAACAAAUAUGUUAAAGAAAAUGGAACACUGUUCUUAAGAUGGCUUAGAAAUGUUUCGAGUCAAAUGCAAGGGCUGCUACUCCAGGAUGUGUAGUUCUUCAGCGGGGAUUAUCAGAUUGCUGCUGUUCCUCUGUAUAUUCUCCGUUUUCAUUCUGUUAACAGCAUACGAGUUCAUCAUUUCAAACAAUCACUUUACUAAUAUACCAGAGUUAGACGGAUGGAAUAUCCCAAGAGGAAGUCCAGGAAUUGGUGAUCAUAUUGUCAACUCUAGACAGAUGGAGCAGUACAUAUACCAAGAUACAAUUGUAGAUCAAGAAAUUUUCAACAGAACUCCUUCUAAAGGUUUGAAUCAACCAUUUAGUUUCUCCAACCCCUCCAGAGACCAAGGGAUUACAGAGAAUAGUUUAACAGAAACUGAAACAGAUAAAUCCCAGGUUCUUCUUAAUUCUUCCUUGCCAAGCUCUACAGAUCCUAUAAAUGCCAAUUCAUCAAAUUCAUCCAGCUCAUCCAGCUCAUCAAAUUCAUCAAGUUCCAGUACAGCCGGUUUAUUCAGUUCAUAUAGUACAGCUAGUGCAAAAGCUAAGGCUAGUACACAAGCUAAAGCUAGUACACAAGCUAAGGCUAGUACACAAGCUAAAGCUAGUACGCAAGCUAAGGCUAGUACACAAGCUAAAGCUAGUACGCAAGCUAAAGCUAGUACACAAGCUAAAGCUAUAAGUACAGACAGUAAACAACCUAAUACUAGUACACCAAGUACUAUGUUCUCUACCAAAAACGAAACAGAAAACCCAAGUUUUGGAGCUUUAAGCUUGUGCAACGAAAUUCCAGCUGGUCUGGUGGGGAGGCUUCAAAUAAACAUGACGGUUGUGGAUUUGGAGAAAAUAGCCCAGGAAAACUUGAAAAUAAAGGUCGGGGGGAAAUAUAAACCAGAGAACUGUGAAUCCAGAACUAAAGUGGCGAUCAUAGUUCCAUACAGAUCACGUGAUGAUCAACUUAAAGUCUUCCUGCGACAAUUGCAUCCUUUCUUACAGAGACAAGAACUAGAAUACGGGAUAUAUAUUAUAAAUCAGGGUGGAGAGGCACCGUUUAACCGUGCCACCCUGUUAAAUAUUGGUUUCCUUGAGUCAAGUAGAGAUGGAGAUUAUACAUGCUUUAUCUUUCAUGAUGUAGAUCUUUUACCAGAAGAUGAUAGGAACAUCUACACAUGCUCCGAGUCCCCUAAACAUAUGUCUGUAGCCGUGGACAAAUUUAAUUAUAAACUUCCUUAUAAAGCAAUAUUUGGAGGGGUUACAGCCAUUAGUGGAGAUAUUUUCAGGAAGCUUAAUGGAUACUCGAAUGAGUUCUGGGGUUGGGGAGGAGAAGAUGAUGAUAUGGCUUCAAGGAUAAAAUAUCAUAAACUCAAGAUAUUUAGAAAUAAACCAGAAAUAUCCAGGUACACUAUGCUGAAGCAUAAACAAGAAACUAAAAGCAAAGGAAGGUUUAAAGCUCUCAGAACUGGACGGAGAAGGUAUAAGACCGACGGUAUAAACAGUGUACAUUACAUAAUACAGAGUAUAGAAAAUGAACCCUUGUAUACAAACAUUACUGUUCUACCCAGGGAACCGAGAAAACCUGACAGGAAAAUAUAAAAACAAAACUGUUACACAACGGGCAUUCAAAAAUGUGGACCCUCUCUUUACACCCCAAUUAGAGUCCAUGUGUGAUAAUUACUAAUAAUUGUGCUGUUAUAGAGUACACCUAUAAUUUCAUGUCGAUUUGAACAAAUUGAAUACUUUUUUUGUUUAAAGCUGUUUUCAAAUCAAUCUAAAUGUCAGCAUUCAUUAAAUAUGAAUAAUGAAUCCUUGUAAAAAGGAUUAAUUGCGAUCUUAUUAUUGUGAUAAAGUUUUCUUUGUUUUCGUACAAUUUUCUUCUUCUAAUUUAUUUAUAUCACAUCAUAUCAGUUUAUUUCAUGUUGAAAUACAAUGCAUCAACAUA